AGAAGACUGUUUGCAUCACUCACACUACAUCGUCUCGUGCUCUUCUUGAACUAAAAAUACCACAUUCUAGCGCUUCUGAAGCGUGGCAGAGUUUAGAAGUCUAAAUCGUCCCUUAGGUCUGCGACUUUUUGAGCCAAAAACGUUAAACUUGGCGAAGUAUUUUACUCCUGAUUCUCAAGGAGUCAAACAGGAAACAAGAAUGGCAGAAGAGCAUGAGAAUAACCUUGAACCCACCAUCGGAAUUGGCGACAAACACUACAAAAGUAUUUUAGAAGACGUUAGAGGAACGACCAGGAAUUCGUGUUUUUUCAACGUUGGAAGUGAAGACCCUGAUUUUAACCCAGAAAUGAGGGGCAUGUUUCCUCCAUACCAGCCGAUGUCGUAUCCUAAUGAGAUGUCUAUGCAGACCACAGGACCACCUGCAUACCCCCAGAAUAUCCAAGGUCCGAUAUACACCAACACCACUGGGAGACGUACUCCAGGGUCCCCUGUAUCAUCCCAGUCAGACAUCCACUAUGAUACGAAGAGUGCAUUAAAUGACAGCCUCUCUCAAUACAACUCACACCUUCCCACAAUCCCAAGCACCACUGAGUAUCCUGGAGAUCUUGGUUUUUCCCUGUCAUUUGGCCCAGUUACUGAAUCUGCCUCCAAGUCAGCCACAUGGACCUAUUCCGAGAGUUGUAAGAAACUCUAUGUCAACUUGGCCAGCUUCUGUCCCAUUAAGUUCAAGACAGACCAUCAGCCUCCCCCUGGGUGCUACUUGAGAGCCGUCGCUGUCUUCAAGGGCUCAACCAAUCUGCAUGACAUUGUGAAGAGGUGUCCUAACCACAGUCAACCCUCUAGUGAUAUAUUCAAUGAUGAUAUUGUAGAUCCAGACCACAAUCAGCACUUCAUCAGAAGUAAUAACCCAACAGCACAAUACCAUGUGUGUCCGGAAUCUGGCCGCCAUUCUGUCGUCAUUCCCUACCAUGGACCCCAAGUUGGGACAGAGUUUGUUACCGAGAUGUUUGCCUUCAUGUGUUUUUCAAGCUGCCCUUCUGGCCCAAGCAGGAGACCUGUGGAAAUCAUCUUUACUCUGGAAAAAGAAGGCCAUACCCUUGGGCGUCGAGUUGUGGAGAUCAGAGUUUGUGCAUGUCCUGGUAGAGACAGGAAAUCCAACGAGAGUCUGUCGGGUAGUGUGUCCUCAACAUCUCCUCAGUCCAAGAGAAAGAAAGGACAAGGCAAGGCAAAUGCCAAGAAGCAAAGAGCCGUUUCAAGUGGUGACGAGGAUGAAAAAGAGUGGACAAUAUAUGGUAAAGAUGUGCGGGUCUACAAUGUCCUGAUAUCUAUGAAAGACCAGCUCGAGACCAAUUUUUUGGAGCAGGCUACAGAAACCAAUACUCAGUAGGUUUGGAAACCUCUCUUUGUUUUACUAUUACUAAGGGAAGCGCGUCAGAAGACGAAGACGUAUUUGGGCCUAGUACAUCGACUCCAACUCCAAACUUACGAUAUAAAAGAAUGAACAACUCAUCGAUGUAAACUCCAACGGUCAACCAACAGCCCGGCUACUUCCGCGUAAAUUUCGCUUUGCGCAGAGGUUAAUGCUUUUGCGCGUGUUUGCUUUACGAUCCACAAGAGGAUGGCUAGUUCUAUUGUGGGUCUGUUAGUUGGUAAGACAGCCUAUUGGCUUGAUGUCAAGGUUCUGUCUUUGCAUUGAUUAUCCAGUGCAUGCUAUGCUUCUCGUUCGACGCAUUGAUUCUACAAUGCACGGCAAUUAUUACUGCUCAAUAUGAGCGCUUCUCUUGUAGUUUGAUUGGCUUUUCAAUGCACUACAAUACUUCUAAUUAUUGCGCUACUUUGCGAGCGCACUUUUUAUACUGUGACUUGGUUUGAUUCGAAAGAGCCAUAGCUGCGCAGAUCAAGACUGUUAUUUUUGUAAAAACGGUCUGUAUUUUGGACGAGGAAUCGAUCAACCUGCCUGAGAAGUGAUUUGAAGCCUUAGGUAAAUCUUAGCACCGCCCAGCAUUUAUAGAGCUUGCUGAUUGGCUAAUAGCCCACAUAUUUCUGGUUGUUUUAGAAUAACAUUUGAGGUAGAAAAAUCCUUUUUGCAAGGCUCAGUUUUCGGAGUUCUUGCGGCUUCCACGUUCAUCCCACUAGAUUUUGGUUGUACAAAAUCAAAAAUUUUAUUGCAUUCGUUCUAGCAAUGCACCCGGCCUCACAGCGUUGGCAUACUUUGGUUGUAUCGAAGUACCAACCGCACAAUUCAAAUGGCUACUAAGUGAUUACACACGCUUUAGUAACUGCUUUGGUUUUGCAGAGCUAAUAUUACAUCACCACGAUUAGGCUUGCUCUCCUCCGACAAAAUACGUACCCACUCCUCCCUCAACAAUUUUGGAUCAUUCACACCCUACCCCUUAUUUUCUGUAUAUAUAUUUCUGAUAGUUCUCUAGCUGUUUCGGAAGAAAGCAAGCCUAGUAUUCUCCAAAUUCCACGCUUCUAAUUUCAGCAGAACUGGGAUUGUGCCGACUGAUUAUUCCAUUUAAGCCAUCGGUUAUGCUAUGGUAUUCCCGCCCGCAAAAUAAAGGUCAUGUUUCAUUGUUAUGUCUUUGUGACGCACAGUUAACUGAAUUCAGAAUAUUUGUAUAGAAUAUGGAUAUACCGCGCAAAUAGUUGAGCAACGUGUAGUGUACAAUGGAAGUAGAUAUCUGUGUAGGUAGAGUCUUCGCGGAUGAUUUUAAAAAAAAUUUAAAAUCUACGCGCAUGUUACUUGAAGAGAAGUUGCAACACGAUUGCACGGUAUACACAAACAUUAUUUUCCUUCGAACUUAAAAAGCGAGCGUCACAAGGAUACAACGAUGGAAACAUACCAUAACUUAUGAUUUCGAGAUUGAUGUUUGAUUGAAAUAGUUUAUUUAUCUGUUGUGGCGAAUUACAAACUCCUUUGUGAACAAUGCUAUUCAUAAGUUCCUUUAAAUUUAAACAGUUACACUGACAUUCUAAGCAGACGCUUCCCCCCGCACCUCCCCCCCUCCUCCAUUUUGUGUCCGUCCGAAGUUCAAGUCCUGACUAAAUCGCCAAGGAAAGGUGAUGCGAGGUGUUGAACUGAAUGAGUCCGAGGGCGGAAAUUGGCUUGAAAGGUUUUUAACUUGGCAAUAAAAUGAUUUUAAGAGGAGUAGGAGGUUUCAAUGAAAAAAAAUAAAAAGCUUUUCUACCGAAUUUGAUGUGUUCGAGAAUAAGAUCUUAUACGUUGGAGUACCCUGCAAGCUAAGGGUCCUUUUCUACCUCGCUAGGAAUCAAGAGGAAAAGAACCUCUGCUGGCACCUGCGACUGAUUAUCUUUUCCUCUCGCUUCCUAGCGGGGUAGAAAAGGACUUCUGCUCGCAGGGUAACGUUGACGAGAACUAUUACUGAAAGUAAGAGAAAGUGGAAAAGCUUAAAAUUAUUCUAUUUUAGAUGAUGUUCCCUGGAGAUUUAUUUUUUUCAACUUCGCAUCCUCACAAUGUUAGUCGUUUGAAAAUGGAAAAUGAUUUGAUCCUAGAAAUGCACGCUACUCAGUUGUCAUUUUUGCUGUGACUGCAUACAUACUUUGCUUGCAGCACAUUUUAAAGCCGUUCAUUAAAACACUUCUUGCUCCUU